UAUUCAGUUUUAAGUUUCAUAGAAUAUUUAUACAUUUCCAGGGCAUGUUAUAUAAGUGCAUGCCCCACCACUCGUAACACACUUGUAAAAUGAAGUUCUCAAUUGAUGGAAUGGGUUAUUUCAUACAUCAUCACAACCAAAAUUUGGAAUUAAUCAAAUAAAUUACAGUUAAAUAAUACUGAAAUGGCUUAUUUUUGGUUGAACACGUUUGAACUAAAUAUUUAUGAUCCCCCAAAGUUUACCUGAAGUUUGCGCAACUGAUUGGUAGACUGUCUGAAUGGCUGUACUAAAAGGUGUCGGAAUGGGGGCAUGUUGGAAUGGGAGCAUGUCGGAAGGGCGGCAAGUCGUACUGGGAGCAUGUUGGACUGGUAGAAUGCCGGACUGGCAGCAUGUCGGAAUGGCAGCAUGUAAACGUGCUUAUCAAUUGCCAAUAUAUCUAUUUCGUGUGAUUUUGCGGGAAAAAAGCUUGUGCUGCAGUUUUUAAAAACACGUGAAUAAAUAGCCUUUAUAUUAACAAACCCUCAAAAAUCCACUUGCCCGUUCGGGCCACCAGAAAUCAAUCUCAACAAUCUCAACUACUUUUAGGUACCCCGGGAGAGUGGGCAACCGUUAGUGUUAACCCCUGCCCUGUGAUGGUUAUGCUUAUGUUUAAUCCAGCCUUAUUUGGAUUUGAUUGGAUGGUGGCUCUGUGAUUGUGUCAAGUUCAUGAAUAUUAAACAACCCUCUGACUUAAAAGGUCCAAGCAAAACUUUGUUCUAAAUAAUAACUCUUUUUUUGUUGCAAUAACUAAGGCGAUGAAACAAAAUGUAGUUACUGAUUCGAUUAGUUGAGUGCUUGUUCAUUAUUUAUAUCAGAUUACUUGUACAGUUAUGAUCUGUUUCAUGAUUGUAUGCUCUGCGAUAAAUAUUGAUAGGUGAUGCAAUAGAUUGCUUUUGGCUUUGUGAUUUACUUUUAACAUUCAUAGAUUGUCAGUGAAUCAAGUGAGUCAAGUGAAAAAAUGAACUUGCAUAAUGGCUCAAUUCAAAUAACAGAAUUUGUUAUCGGGGGGUUUGAGGAGGUUGGAAGACAAAUGGAAAUAGGUUUGGUGAUAUUAAUUGUUUAUGUUUUACUCAUGUUAGCUAAUACUCUCAACAUAGUCUUUGUCAUUUUAGACAAGAAACUACACAAACCAAUGUAUCUUCUGAUUUGCAAUUUGGCUGUUGUUGAUAUGCUGUAUAGUACAAGUUCAUGCCCAACUAUGAUUGGUGUAUUAUUGGCUGGUGUCAAUACAAUAUCCUAUGCGGCAUGUUUGAUUCAAAUGUUCAGCUUUCAGGUAGCUGAAACGAUGGAACUGUUUGCUUUGGCUGUCAUGGCUUUCGAUCGCUUGAUUGCCAUCUCUUUUCCAUUGAGGUAUCAUAGCAUACUAACAAAUGUUCGUACCAUAGCAAUAACAUAUUUCCUUUGGGUCGCUGCCUGUGGCUUUGUCACUCUUAUGCCUGUGCUUUUGAUACCAAUGCCUUACUGUUUUAACCGGUUACGCUAUUCUUUCUGUGAUUUCCCGGCUGUUGCCCGAACCUCUUGUCUCAAUCCUUCAUAUUACUUUAAUUUGGCCACCAUCGUAUGGUUCUUUUUAUUAUUUUUCACCUUUGGUUUCAUUUGCAUAUCUUACGUGUGGAUUAUGUCUGUUGUUUUGAGGUCAUCUAAGAAUGACAGUAGAAAGGUGCUCAGUACAUGUUUCAGUCAUAUGCUUGUAGUAGCGUGUUACUACGUACCAUUGUUUGUGCGUAUUGUUUUCACCAGAAUCGGCCUGGUGUUGACGCUGGAGGAACGACAAGGUUUAAUGAUUGGGGCCAUUCUUGGUCCAUCUCUUUUAAAUCCCUUUGUGUACUGUUUAACAACUAAAGAAAUAAAAAACAAGUUGUUCGGUAUAUUCAAGAAAGUAAAACCAAUACAAUAGGAUUGCAUUUUUUAAAUGCAUCUGCUAUUGCUGUAUCUUGUAUCUUGUAAUGCAGUGGUUACAGUGGUUUCCAAACUGUAGGUCACAAACCUGUGAUGGACCAACUGGGCCAUGGGAUGGCCUCGCUUUAUUUUUGGUUCACAAACAUCACAAAAUACACAAAAAAAACACAAAAUGUGGUUUGUGUUUAUCCUGAAAGUAUCUCCUAGGUGGGUUAUGGCCUGAAAGGUUUGCAAACUUCUGCUCUCAUGCAUCUCUCACUUGCGAUACAAGAUUUGUUUGCAAAUAAAAUAGUCUAUAGUGCUGUCCAAAGAAAAUGCACCCUGUCCGAUUUUCCCCAAGCUGUUUUUUGAAGUGUGCAUUAAAUGUAAAUAAAGAUUAUUUACAGAAGAUGCUCUGAUUUUGAAUUGUUUUAGUACUUAAAAAUAUAUAAAGA